UUGGAAACUUCUUCGUCACCAAGAAAAAAUAAAAACUUAAAAAAUGAUUAAAAAUAUUGUAUAUUUAAUGUUUUUGUCGCUAUUCUCAAACAGUUUAGCCUACAUCAUUACUGUAGAUUCUCAUGCUGAAGAGUGCUUCUUUGAUAGCGCGCAAGCUGGCAGCAAAUUAGGCUUAAUGUUUGAGACAAUUGAAGGUGGAUUCCUUGAUAUAGACGUUAGAAUCGUUGGACCUGAUGGAAAAAUCAUAUAUCAAGGAGAUCGUGAGACAAAUGGAAAAUAUACAUUUGCAGCUUACGAAACUGGAAUUUACACGUACUGCUUUAGUAAUCAAAUGUCUACUGUAACUCCUAAAGUUGUCAUGUUUACUAUGGAAAUUAGUGAGGCACAACAAGGAACACAAGGCGCACCAGGUGAAGGCGAUGCUGGACAUACGAAGCUUGAUGACAUGAUUCGUGAAUUGUCUGGAUCUUUAGUCGGAGUUAAACACGAACAAGAAUAUAUGCAUAUAAGAGAUAGAAUUCAUCGAGAAAUUAACGAAUCGACAAACAGCAAAGUCGUUUGGUGGUCAAUCUUUGAGGCUGUAAUUCUCGUCCUAAUGACUGUUGGACAAAUCUACUAUCUUAAAAGAUUCUUUGAAGUCAAGCGUGUAGUGUAGAUAAUUUUUGUUUUUUUUUUUAUUCUCAACAG